GAUCUGCACAAACACACUUAUCUCGCUGAAUUCUUGACGGAUUUACAAAUGGUUUGGUUUCUUACAAACGUUAUUAACGUGGUUAUAAUUCUGGAUUCUUCAACAUGUUGAAAUCGCAGCUUUUCUCUUCGAAAAACUACUUAAUCGUGCAGCAUUGUGUAUCACGGCUACUAGUAAUUUUACGUCAAUGGGAGAGGCAGAGUUGUUCUUUAUUUUCAAUAUAACUUAAGUUGCACAUGAUUUAACUGAAGUUGCACAUGAUUUCCAAUCGGGUUGGUUUGUUAAAAAUAUCUUACCUUAUGAUUUCUACAGGAAAUUGAUGACUCUUAUUGCCAGUGAAGAUGCCAGACUUUUGUGCAGCCUACAAAUGCUCUAAUCGCCGUUGUCUCGAAACGAGAACCCGUGGGAUCACCUUUCACAUGUUUCCCAAAACCGGAGAGAGGAGGAGGAAGUGGGAAGUUGCUCUAAGAAGGGACGGUUUUGCUGCCUCUGACAGGACACUGCUCUGCAGUGAGCACUUCAGGAGGGAGGACUUUGACAGGACGGGGCAGACUGUCCGGCUUAAAGAUGGUGUUGUGCCAACCAUUUUCAACUUUCCAGCUCAUCUUCAAACGUCGGUAGAAACAAGAAGUACAACCACUUCUAGUAGAGUGGAUGACAAACUGCCAAAGGACUUGAUGCCUGAUGUUGGAGCCACUGGAGAGAGGACAUUGAGGGGCAAGCGGCAGGCCACUGACCACUUGUAUACAUUGCCUGCUUCCCCUAAGGCUAUAAAGGCCAAACUUGAAGAAGCCUCAGUGAGAGUGAGGAAACUGCAGCGGGAGAAGAGUAAUGCCCUGAGGAGAGAAAAGAGGGCCAAGAACAACAUGCAGGCUCUUCUGGAGGAACUGAAGGAGACAAAUCUUAUCAACGAAGAGCUGAAAGACGAGCUUCAAUGCUACUAAGAUUUUCCGGUUCAUCUCCUGUCAAGGCAGGGCGUAGAGUACACCAAGGCCCAGAGAGAUUUUGCCUUUAUGCUCCAUCUGCAUGGUCCAAAGGCAUUUCACUACCUGAGAUACUCUGCAUAUUCACCUGCCACAUCCCAGUUCAUUGCAAAGGUGUUCUUCAUGAUGUCUAAUUUUACACUGAAUUACAUCAAGCACUACAGACAAUAUAGGGAUGUUAUACAAGGUGGCUGAGCUCUCUUGAUGCCGGACCUGUUCUCAAUAAAAUGAUGUUGGACAUGCUAGAAAGACGGCGUCAAGAUGAUGAGGUCAAAUAGGGAUGUGUCACUCUGAUGCUGGAUGCCAUGUCCAUCAAAACACACGUUCAACAUGAUCCUCAGACACAAACAAUGUUUGGAUAUGUGGUCAUGGGGGAUCGAUUGAAUGAGACUGACUGAGCUUCCGAGGUUCUUGUGUUUAUGGUGGUUGGGCUUCAAGGUUAUUGGAAAGCUCCAAUUGCAUAUUAUUUGACCAAGUCCCUCACACCAGAAUCAUAGAAAGUGUUGGUGAACAUGCAUUAGAAGAGCUGCAACAUCGUCAGUUAAGGGUGGUUCAUGCAUCAAAUGUCAAUAUGUGCUCCCAACUUGGGUGCGAUCUAAAAGCAGACCCCUGUGAGCCCUUGAAGACCCAUUUCCCACAUCCAGUAAACCAUGACAAUGUUUUUGUUAUGAUGGACACUUGCCACAUGCUGAAGCUGACACGCAAUAUGUCACAGGCAUACAGCCCAGUUAGAAGCAUAACUGGCAAUAUCAAUUGGAAGUACAUUGUUCAGCUGAACUAUGUCCAAAAGUAAAGUGGACUAAAUGCUGCCAAUGAGUCACAGAUAAGCAUGUGAACUUUGCUAAUCAGAAGAUGAAGGUCUCCCUGGCUGCUCAGACUCUGUGGCAGUGGCGCUCUGCACCUUGCAGGACAGGGGCUAUGCAGAGUUCAAAGAUUGUGAGGCUACUUCAGAAUUGAGGAUUUGUUGUGUGACGGGCUCUGAAGAAGUUGUCCUGUGAUGUCUGCCGUACCAGCCUGGUGACAGAUGCUGCACCUGCCAUUAAGGACCAGAGCUACCACCUGCUGUCUCAAAAAACAAUGGAGGCCUGGUGAUCCCAUCAGAGGGCACAGUGAGGGUCGUCAGGGCAGCAGAGUGGCUUGUUCGCCAGGCAUCAAGUUUCAGACGAUCACAGCCCAUCAAACUGCUAGAGGUCAUGUAUAUUGUACGGAAGAGGAUCGGGUCAGAGGAUGUGUUUGUGCUCGGGGAGCACAUGGGCGACACACAGUACGGCCUAGACAGCCACCACCAUACGCUGCUAACAUAAGUUGUGUCCCUGUUUUUUAAGCUAAGGCUACACCACAUCGCUAAAAUGACUACGCUUAGCUUACAGAGCAACAUGCGACAGAUGCUCAAUAAAACAGUCCUUUUCAAAGGGCAUUAGCCCAAAGUUACGACCCUGGUGGGGCUGUCUGUGGUCUCUCUGCGUUUGGACUUUUCAUUUGGUUUGACAGGACUGAUCUCUGCACCACUCUUUUGGUUCCCUUCCACUUACUGAUUUACACUGCACUCCCGUUACUUUAUAGGCUUAUUUAUUGUUAUUGUUAAUCUUUAUCGUUUAAUAAAUAUUUAUUUUUAUUGA